CCUGUGCCAACGCCGACAUGGUUCUCCCAGUAGAAACAUUGGGAAAGGGCUGGGUCAGCAACAGCAAAAUGACAAGCAGUAGCUCAGUUGGCAGCAAGUUUUGGCUCCUCCUAUGGAAAAACUGGUUGUUACAACGACGUAAGAAGCUUCAGACUGUGAUAGAGGUAGUCCUGCCAGUAGUCUUUUGUAUACUACUAGUCAUCAUUCGUGACUUAGCACCGUCAGAUAAUUACCCAGAGCCUACCUUCUUCAAGCCAUUUUCCAUCGACGAAUUGCCGGUCAACCUAACACCAUCUGUUGGACCUGGACUUUUUGAUGAUAUUGCUGACUCCAUUCUGGGAGAUAUAUCUAGGAGGCGGCGACGUGACCUCAGACAGCAUGAUAGUCAGACUCCAGAUCUACUUUCAAAACAAGUAAAUGUUCGCCAGACAUUUCAGUCACAAAGAAACAAGAUGCAUCUAAGAAGAAAUACAAGAAGAAAGAGAUUUGUAGAUUUCUUUGGGUUUGGUGAUUUUUUUGGGAGUUCAUGGUGGCCUCUUGCAUAUGCUCCAAACAACACAGCUGUUAAUAGAAUCAUGUUGAUUGUUGCUGACCGAAUAUCUGUCAAUGUUGAAGGAUAUGGCUUUGCCACUGAAAGGGACCUCAUUGAGCACCUCACAAAGGUUUCAAAGAAAGGAGACGAAGAUCAAUUGGACCUUUCUGGUAUAGAAGAUGUGCUGGGAGCUGUUGUCUUUACCAACAACUUUCCAGAUCCAGAUACAUUGCCAGAUGAUAUUGCGUAUAAGAUACGUUUGAAAGGAUCAUUAAGAAGUGGGAAGAAAAGAAAUCCGUUCGCCCCUCCACCACAGUGGUUUACAGAAGUGUCGUAUCCCUUGUUCCAAGUGCCUGGACCACGUGAAAGAGACAAGAACCAAGGUGGAAGGCCAGGUUAUUAUGAUGAAGGAUUUUUAACAAUUCAGCAUGCUGUAGAUAUGGCUAUUACUGAGUACAUCAGUGGAAAAGAUCCAAGUGCAUCAAUAUCUGUUGAAAUGCAGAGGAUGCCUUAUCCAAAAUAUAUAGAUGACAAGUAUCUUGUGGCUCUGCAGUCAUGGCUGCCUUUUGUUCUCCUUAUUUCAUACAUCUAUCCUGCAAUCAACAUUGUUAAGAGCGUUGUUUAUGAAAAAGAGAAGAAAUUAAAGGAAUCUAUGAAGAUGAUGGGGUUGCAGAACUGGAUGCAUUGGAUGGCAUGGUUUAUCAAGUCAUUCCUUUUCCUAAGCACAACAACCCUUUUAAUAACAAUUUUACUUUGCACAAGAUGGCAAGGGGAAGGGAGCUUAGCAGUGCUGAACAACAGUGAUCCAACGUUGGUAUUCAUCUUUUUGCUGCUCUACACAAUUUGCUCCAUCAGUUUCUGCUUCUUCAUUUCUACUCUUUUCUCAAAAGCUAACAGUGCUGCAACAGCAACUGGUUUACUGUGGUUUUUCACAUACUUCCCAUACAUGAUUCUUCGGCCUCGGUAUUCUUCAUUGACAAAUGGCAACAAAAUUGUUUUGUGCCUCCUCUCAAACACUGCCAUGAGCCUGGGAUGCCAGAUGACAUCCAUGUUUGAAGGCGCAGGGUCUGGCAUACAUUGGAACCUUCUGUAUUCUGGAGUAUCACCGGAUGACUCCUUUACACUGGGCCAUGUGUUUGGAAUGCUUAUUAUCAACACAAUUAUCUUUGCCCUCCUGACUUGGUAUAUUGAAGCAGUUUGGCCAGGGCAGUUUGGUAUGCCACAGCCAUGGUAUUUCCCAUUUAUGAAAUCCUACUGGCUUGGACAAUCUGCAGAAGUUAAAAAUGUCAACCAAGAAGAGCUCCUUACAGAUCCCAGCCUGUUUGAGGAAGAUCCCAAGGGAAUAAAAGCUGGUGUGAAAAUUUUAGGCCUAACAAAGAUUUUUCCUCGUGGUCAGAAAGUUGCUGUAAACAAAAUGUUUUUGAAAAUGUACAGUGGUCAGAUUACUGUAUUACUUGGGCAUAAUGGAGCAGGCAAGACAACCACAAUGUCCAUGCUGACUGGUCUCUUUCCACCUACAUCGGGCACAGCUGAAGUUGGGGGAUAUGAUAUUGUUACUCAAAUUGGAGCAGUCCGAAGAUCACUUGGAUUAUGCCCGCAACAUGAUGUGCUUUUUGAUGAACUGACAGUGUCUGAACACAUUGUCUUUUUUAGUAGGCUAAAAGGAUUGUCCAGUGUGAAGGCUAAAGAGGAAGUAUCCAGCAUGGUUGAGAAACUGAAACUUCAAGACAAAAGGAAUGCAAUGGCCAAAACACUUUCGGGAGGAAUGAAGAGGAAGUUAUCUGUUGGCAUUGCCCUUUGUGCUGGAAGCAAUGUGGUCUUUUUGGACGAGCCAACCUCAGGCAUGGAUCCAGGGGCUCGAAGGAUCAUCUGGGACCUCUUGCAGCAGGAGAGAUCUGGCCGUACAAUUCUUCUGACUACGCAUUUCAUGGAAGAGGCAGACCUCCUAGGCGAUAGAAUUGCCAUUAUGGCUAAUGGCAUUGUGCAGUGCUGUGGGUCAUCCCUGUUCUUGAAGAAAAAAUAUGGUGCUGGUUAUCGUCUGAUCAUUGUUAAAGAGAAAGGCUGUGACAUUGAUGCUAUCACCACUGUCCUUCAGAGUCACAUACCAGAUGCAGAACUUGACCAGAAUGUUGGGGCUGAACUGUCAUAUGUUCUUCCCAAUGCAGAUGUAGCCAAAUUUGAAGCGUUGUUCUUGCAGCUGGAAAACAGUCGAGAAGAACUACAUAUAUCCAGUUAUGGAGCCUCGCAGACCACAAUGGAUGAAGUAUUUUUAAGAGUUGGGGAGUCUGUCAAUAUAGAAGGUAUAGAUGACAUGCCAAAACCUGCAUUUAUAAAAGCCAAGAAACACAAAGCAAGUUCUUUAGCACUUGACCAAGAAAAUGGACUUCUGCUUCAGCAUAGUGACAAUUCUGUGGAGCAAAUUGACCUAGAACCAGGGCAGAGUUAUGAAGGGAAGGCUGUAGGAGUUUGGUUUAAUGCAGCCCUGCAGCACAUCAGACUUGCAGUUGACCAUGCGAAAGAAGCUACUACUGUUAACAUCCAGCCGUCCAAAGAUACGCAAGAACCUAUGCAAAGGAAUACAGGAUUUGCCCUUAUUAUGCAGCAAUUCUGGGCUAUGCUGGUCAAGAAAGCACUUUACACCUUCAGAAAUAUUAUCCUUACUGUGACACAGAAUGUGAUACCUGUGGCUUUUCUGAUCUUGGCUUUGAUUGUGGUUCAGACACUCCCAGGCGUGAAUGAUGCACCUCCUCCAUUUAUUUUUGGACUUGAGAAUUUUGAAGGAACAGAAACACUGGUCCAGGUUCAGAAUCCUAAUAAUGAUACCAAGAGUCUUGAAGACUCACUCAAGAAGCAUUUUGAAAGUCCCAAUUUUAUAGACAUGGUAGACGAAGCACAGAACUUUACCACAGUCAUUUUGCAAAAGGCCGAGAGUGAUAUUCCAUCCUUCAACCUCCACCUAAUGGUUAGCAUGAAAAUAAUUGGAGAUGAUUAUGGAGCCCACAUAGUGACAUUCUUCAACAGCCAACCAUUCCAUUCUCCACCCCUUGCCUUGAAUGUGAUGGACUUGGCUAUUUCAAGGGCCGUAACAGGAAAGAGCAACCUAACAAUUAAAACAUCUAAUCAUCCAUUACCUCGGACAGACGUGGAAAAGUUGACCCAAGAUUCAAGGCAGAGUUUAGGUUUCCAGAUUGGCUUCAACCUAGCUUUCGGAAUGUCAUUCUUAGCAGCAUCUUUCGUGUAUUUCCUCAUCCAAGAACGAACCAGUAAGUUCUUACACUAUAUCUCUGGAAAUUUUAUU